ACAACCACCCACCCUACACACUCUGACGUCUCUUCUCUCCUCCUCGGUCAGUCGGUCAGGGUACAGUAGGAUGACUGGUAAGACUCCCACCAGCAACGUGACCAACAAGAAUGACCCACGCUCCCUCAACUCCAGAGUCUUCAUCGGCAACCUCAACACGGCGGCGGUAACCAAGGCCGACAUCGAGACCCUCUUCGCCAAGUACGGCAGGAUCGUGGGUUGCUCCAUCCACAAGGGCUUUGCCUUCGUCCAGUACGGCAGCGAGAGGAACGCGCGAGUGGCUGUAGCAAGAGAGAACGCCAGGGUCAUCGCUGGACAGCCCCUGGACAUCAACAUGGCAGGAGAACCGAGACCCUACAGGCCAAAGGUGGUGGGCUCCAAGAGGCCCCUCUCCUCUCUCUACAGUGGCUAUGAGUUUGACUACGACUAUUACAGAGAGGAUUUCUACAGCAGGUUAUUUGAGUAUCAUGGACGCGUGGUGGAGCCCCCCAUCCGAUCGCCGAUACCUGCCAAACGAUCUCGUGUCGUGGUCCCGUCCCUGCGGCGAAUCAAAUCUUCCUUGCCGGUCAGGACCUGCUCUGACUCCUUUUCUUCUUCCAGACCUCUUCCUCCGUCCUCGCCUCUACCUCUCACUUCUGGGUCUUCAGCUGCAGGACCUAUGUUAAAGACCGACCAGUUGGUAACCAUCAAACAGGAGCUGUCCCAGAUUAAGACCAAGAUCGACUCUCUACUGGGGCGUCUGGAGAGGAUUGAGAGACAGCAUCGCACAGAGGCAGCAGCCCAGAGGAAACAGGGAGGAGUGUAUAAGUGUCUCCGUGCCAAGACCGCGGACCCCCCCGGAGACGUGGAGGCGGGAGAGAUGACAGACGAAGCCAACGAGGAUGUCUUUGACGAUGAAGGCACUAACGAUAUGAUAGAAAACCACUUAUCAGACAUUGACAAUUGAGAGAGGUCAGUUUAUCACUCAGGGAGGUAAAAAUAAAGCCUCAUUGGUCGUUUGAAGAACCAAUAGAGAACAUCAGGACCUGAAUGACAAAAUCAAUGGAAAAAAGGAAAAGACUCUGAGAGAAAGACUCGUGGACCAGUGUGCUUGUUUGCCCAUCAAGACACAACACUGUGUGCGUAUUGAUGCGGUACUACAAUGUUGUACUUUAAUUUCAUACAAUACAUUUACCAGACUACUGUAUUUUAUUCUAGUCAUCUAAGAAAUGAGUUAAUGCAGGGUGUGAAAAAGAGUUGCUCUCAUUGAGUGUGGCUUUACAUGCACACAAUAAUGCGAUUAUUGUGGAUAGUCAGAUUAAUAUAAUAGUUCAAUUAAAACGUUUACAUGCUUU